CCCUCCGAGUUCAGCAAGCAAAACCCACGGUCCGAUUUCUUUGUGUUUGUAUCUACUUGGAGUGGAACUCGGACCCUCCGAGUUGGCAAGGAUAACGCACCGUCCGAUUUCCGCAUUACCCAAUCGCACGGUCCGAAUUGCGUGAAAGAAGGAACACGCGUCGCAUCCCCGCUGAUCCACAAACGGUGCCCCUAGAAAACACACAAAGAAGCCACUCUCUCACCAUCCGAAGACACACUCACUCACCUUUCACUCUCACAGUCUCCUUCUUCUUCCUUUCUCUGGGUUUUGCAUGGUGGAGGAGCAUCAACAAUGUCAAAAAAAUACAAAAUCAAAGAUGUUGAUCGAUCUGAGCUUCAUAUUAUUCAUUAUCUCAGUGAUCCUGAUUAUAAAUCAAGAAUGUUGACAUGUAACCAUCCACUUCCUCCGGAUCGGUACAACGAUAGGGUGGAGGAUCAUUUGCGAAUUACCGGGUUCUAUCAUGUGUCUCAGAUUGGGAUAGUGCAGUGUCAGAAAGCAUUGGUAAAUGCUCUAAUCGAACGUUGGCACCCAGACACACAUACGUUCCACCUUCCCAUUGGUGAAUGUGCUGUGACACUUGAAGAUGUAGCUUUAAUUCUUGGUCUUCCCACAGAUGGUCUUCCAGUAACAGGGAUGACUAUGAGUAGUUUUGAAGCCUUGGAAGCGGAGUGUUUGCUUCAGUUUGGCGUUGCACCGCGAAGGGAGGACUGUAGAUCUAGCUGCAUAAAACUGACGUGGCUGAGGAAUCUAAAAGAGAAUAUAGAAUUGACUGAUGAAAUAAAUAUACAGAGGUAUGUUAGGUGCCACAUUAUGUUGCUGAUCGGAACGAUCCUGCUUGGGGAUAAGUCAGGAGCAGGUGUUCAUUGGAAAUUUCUACCCUUGUUACGUGACUUUGUCAAUAUUGGACAGUAUAGUUGGGGCUCAGCAUGCCUAGCACACCUUUACAGGGCGUUAUGCAGGGCAUCUCGUUAUAACUGUAAGGAAAUAGAUGGUCCACUAACACUUCUGCUCGGAUGGGCUUGGAUCCGACUGCCAUAUCUAUCGCCGGUUCCUAGAGAACCCCGCAGUUUUCCACUAGCAAACAGGUGGCGUAACUGGGAGCGUACUGACCGACGAUUUAGAUAUUUGAAGCUAAAUCACUUUAGGAAGGCCUUUGAUGAACUUCAGGAAGGACAGUUUGUCUGGGUUGCUUAUGCUGUGGAUCGUGUGGAUCCGAACAUAAUUCCUCCAGAAAUCUACCGAUAG